AUGGGGCCCCCGGGCAAUAGGGGAUCAUGAGGCCCCUGUGUCCUUGCCCAAACUCAAAAAAGCCUAUGAAAAAGGUACCAGGGGCAUCUCAUGGGGCCCCCUACUGACCCCGGGCCCUCGGGCAGUGCCCGAGUUUCCAAAUGGUUAGUCCGCUCCUGUAUGUAUGUAUGUGCAUUUUGUGUGUAUGUAUGUUGUAUGUAUGCCUGUUUUGUUUCACUCUAGAAUUCAGCCACAUAGGUUUCAGUUGUGUUCUUUUGUUUGUUAUCUAAUGGAACACAAAGACUAUUGGCACUUGUUUUACUCAUUUUUA